AUGCUGCGUGUCGAGACCCGGGUGUGGGACAGCGAGCAGGCUGAAGAGGCACAGAGAGGGCAGGGUGGUGUGGGCGCCGCGCCCGAAGGUGGGGUGACCCAGGACCCCAGCCGUCUCUCUCAUGUGCUGUUUGACUUUUCACUUUACAAGUUGCCCUUUGACCUCUGGGAGUCUUGGGAACCAGAGGCGCCAAGCCCAAGUCCCACACGUCAGGCUGGCUUUACGAGGGCGUCCUGCUGUGUCUGCACCCCGCCUUCUUUCGGGUGUCAGGGCUCAGCCUGUGUCCUUGGAAGAACUUGCUGUCCGUCCGGGUGGACCCAGCCUGAGGCCUGGUCAGGGACACACACCCUGCGUCUCCCUGCCCGUGGCCUCCCUGUGCCUCUGGGUCCCCCAUUUCUGGCCACCCCUAAAAGAGGACCCCACCUUUGCCCAGGCCCCGCUCUACCUGCUUCCCUCCCUGGGCUCUCACACACUCAUGCCUCCCGGGACAGACCCCCGAAGCCAUCUCCUGAGCCCCUGACCCGGGUCUCCCUCCCCCGAUGUCACCUGGUCUGUCACAUCCCUGAUAUCCCACUGAGCUCAGCCUGUCCCCCAGACCUCAAACCUCUCCUCGUCUGUUGGGGGUGGCCCUCCACUGUCCCAGGGUCCCAGGGGUCUGGCCCUCAUUCCUCCCUUUUGCCCCCAGAAUCGCCGGACUGUGUCCCUCUUCCCCUCCCCAGGGUCUGGACUCAGGCCUCUGUCCUCUCCCAUCUGGACCCUCAGCCUUCUCCCAGGCCUCCUGGCCGCCAGGCUGUCCCCACACCAUCCCCAAGGGGGCUUUCUGAGCCCAGGACUGACCUCUGCCCCCCCCCCCCGCCCCCCCAUUGUCCUGGACCAAGUCCAGCCCUCAGCGACCCCUUGGAGGCCUUGUGGCCUGGCGGGGACCCACCCCCAUCACCUGUCAGUAACAACUGCCCUCCUCGGAUUCCAGGUUUCAUUGAGAGUUCUUUCAGGUUCUGGAAUGGCCCCCUUCCCUCCCACUGGCCCUCUGGAGAGCCCUCUUGGCCUUCUGGAGCCAGCAACCCCAGGUUCCCUCAUCUUCCCCUGGCCCCUGAAGGUCCCCCUUAAAACACUCCCCCCCCCCCCAACUGGGACGGUGGGGGGCGGGGUGCUUCCUGUCCUCUUAUGUCUUCCUCCCAGCCUGAGAGCAAGCGCCUGGCUUCGGCAGCACAGGCCAGACCCAGAAGUAGGGCCAGGGAGCCGUGUGAAUGGCUGACAGGACAAGGACAAGGAAGCGGCAGGGGCAGCGAGGGAUGGGGGGAUGGGGGACGGCAGGCCCCCGGGGAAAAGACCCAGAACAGGAGGGGGGUCCUGCUCAGGUGAGAAUGUGGAGAGAAGACACCUAACUGGUGCCUGUCCUCCUGCUCAAAUCCACGAGGGACUGACCGUCUUCCCCGUCACCUCCCUGCCCAGCGUCGCUCCAGUCACACCAGCCUCCUCAGGGCCUUUGCGCUCGCUGCUCCUUCAGCCUGGAAUGCCUUUCCCCCGCACCUCCCCGCAGCUCCCUCCUUCUCGGAGAGGCCCUCGGUGCUAGAAGAAUCCUAACCAGUGUACUGGUUCCUGCGGCUGCUCGAACAAAGCCACUGCCUUAAACAACACACAUUUACUCUUUACGCUUGUGGCCGGAAGUCCGGACCCUCACAAUUGCCUCGGGCACCCGGAUAAUGCAGGAUAAUUUCCCUGCGUUCAGACGAGGAAACUGAGGCCCAGGGAGGUGGGCAACUCCUACGAGCUGGCGAAGCCGGGAAGUGGUGGAGAGUCGGCGCCUGGGCUCCGGGCUCCCGGCAGUGCCCGCCGGGCU